UGAAUUAUACCCUGAUAAAAAACAAGAGUUACUAAAACUUAGAAUUCAUUUAUCUGAAGUAAGUGGUGAGUUAGCACCACUUAAAGCUUGGCAAUUUCAAGAAUUAAGCUUACAGGCAGCUCAAAGAAUAAUGAGUGGACCACCUCAAGACGCUAUUCAAACAUUCAUUCACAUAGCUCAAAAUUUUCCAACUCAAGCACGUUCAUUAGCAAAUAUUAAAGUUAGUAAAGAAUUAAGAAAUGAAAUUGCCAAAAACCAAGAUAGUUUUUCAAUGAAUUUAAAUUUGCAACCAAGUGACACCAUAAUGUUGUUAAAUGGAAUGUAUUUUGACACUGAUAUGACUGAUAUGUCCACUAUAUUAGAUACAAUUACUCAAGAAUUGCAAAUAAUGGAAGGGUUAUAUUCCAUAGGUAAACAUUAUUGUUUUAUAUAUAGCCUUUAUUAAAAUAAUAAUCAGCUC